CAUGCCCCGCGGUCGCACUGUGUUGAUGUUAUCAACUUCGGAAGGUGGUGAGACAUGCAUUUUCUAUGCAUAAUGUGAGAAUUUCUGCUUAUACAAAUGGUCGAAGAAUACGAACUCGCUCAAUAGGAGUAUUCAUUUAGCUACGGGAGGUAUGCCUUUAGGUCUUCUCUGUACCAAAGGGUCCAGGGAUGAAGUCUCCGCCAAGUUGACUGCACGUGUCGAAUUGUUGGACGACUCGUCUUUCGACUUAAUUUUGACCGAUGGAUCAACUGGAGCCGAUUGUUUGGAAAUAAUCGCCGAGAAACUGGGAUUAACAGAGACUGCAUACUUUGGGCUCCAGUACAGAAAGAAAGGCGAUGACUGGUGGUUGGAUCUUGCUAAACCUGUUGCCAAGCAACUUAGUAACCAUGGCAGGAUUGCUGCUGUUGUGACGUUAAAGUUCAGAGUAAAAUACUUUGUGUGUAAUGCAUACUCACUACAAGAAGAAAUAGCAAGGUAUCUGUAUUACCUUCAGUUGAAGAAGAAUGUAUUGGCAGGGCUGCUUCUCUGCGAUGAGCAAGCAGCUGUUGUGUUGGCAUCUUACAUUGCACAAGCUGAGUUUGGUGAUGCUGAUGAAGAGAAUCACCAUAACUAUGCUAAGGAUUUUGUUCUCCUUCCCUGUACAUUGGUACCAGUCCAUACCCAGAAUGAGCUGAGUCAGCAGAUUAAAGAACUUCACACAAACCUCAGAGGCCUUAGUGCUCAUGAUGCAGAAAUGGAGUUCAUUCGUCUUGUUCAGCAACUUGAAGGUUAUGGGGACGAGUAUUAUCCUGCCAAGGACAAUAAUGGAUACGUUCUACUUAUUGGAGCAACAUUUCUUGGCAUAGUUAUACGUCACCCACAUGGCCUUCCACCAGUCUAUUUCAAAUGGCCUGAUAUUGUACGAAUCACUCAUAGUAAAAAGUAUUUCUGUAUUGAAACCAUCAAGUCAUUGAAUACUAUCCAGUUUGAAAUGGAAAGCAGGGAAAUGGCAAAGUAUGUUUGGAAAAUGUUUGUGGGACACCACAGGUUCAGGCGCAUGAAUGUAACCAGAACUCCUCUGGAAUCUGAACGCACAAGGCCUCCCAAAGCUAUGAAGAUUGCAAGACAAUUAACCCUAAAAAGAGUAGAUAAAGCUGAUGGUGUUAACGAGAUUCAAGUGAAUGGCAAAGUUGAUAAAGCACAAUCAACAGGAGGAAUUGUCAAUCCCGUGUUUGAUGAUGCAGGAGACGCAGACAAUGAACUGAACUCUAGCGAAGAGGACAUCACGCAAGCUACUGCAACUAGCUUCCAAACUGAACCAAUUAUCCAUAGAACUUACUCAAAUGAUAAAGGCAUAAUACCAAGACCAUUGUCAUCUUGUAUCCCUGUGAGGGAUGUCAGUGAGUCAAUUGAGAGAGUUUCUGACAGGCCUGUGUCGGUUGACUUUUCAUCCAUUCAAGAAGGACGCCCAAUCAUGCCUGUGCAGGCAGCUCAUAAGGGAGCGGGAAGCUCGGUGUCCGUUGACUCAGGGCAUCCUCCUGGAUCUAUGGAAUUCACAAAUGGUGGGGCCUCACUUAAUAACCUUGACGAAAUUGAGGAUGGAAAUCCAAUGGUAGAACAGUCCUUAGAUGUAAAUGCCACCACAGUUUAUGAAACCACACCUGUAUAUCAACCUACUCGACCUCAAUCCCUGAACCUGGAGUUGAUGGAGAUCAACGCGGAUAACUCUAGCGUGGUGACGGGCCAUACUAGUGGGUACAGCACCUCUGCUGACUCAGAUGAGGAACCCUCAGCGCACGAACAGAGCAGCCCUGAGAUACCUUUGUCACGAGAACAACAGCUUGCAGAGCUUGAGAAGAUGCUUGCGGAAGGCCAGGUUUACACCGAGUACCAGAAGACGUCUAGAAAAAGCGAGACUCUUGGCCUAUCCACUGGGCAACUCCCGACUAAUGCAGACAAGAACAGAUAUCAAGAUGUUCUACCAUACGAGGAAACUAGAGUUCAUCUGAAUCCUCGACACAACGGCAGCAAUAGUGAUUACAUCAAUGCUAAUAUAAUUCGGAUAAAGGUCGGCCGUGAUAUAUAUCGAUACAUCGCCGCGCAGGGGCCCAUGACCAACACCUUGAACGAUUUCUGGCAGAUGAUAUGGGAGCAGAAUGUGCAUGUGGUUGUCAUGGCAACCGAAGAAAAGUCUGCCAGUAGUUGUAACUGUCAUCGCUACUGGCCUGAGGAAGUAGGCCAAGCCGAAGACUUCGGUCACGUCCGAGUAUUUACCGAAGACAUUCGAGACUCUUCGCCGUACAAAACUCGACGCUUCCGUCUCCAGCACAUGCCAACAAAACAACAGCGGACUGUGUAUCACGUGCAGUUCACGGACUGGCCCGACCACAGGGUUCCCGAUGACCCAACGAGCUUUCUUGAGUUUUUAGACCAAGUGGAAUCCCUGCGUCAGCGUACAAGUACAACUCGUUCUUCCGUCCACGAGAGCAAACCGCCUGUCCUGGUGCACUGUACGGCCGGGGUAGGACGCACUGGAGUCAUCAUUCUCACUGAUCUUAUGAUCGCGUGCAUACAAAAUAACAAGCGCAUUAAUAUUCAUCAUGCAUUGGUUCGUCUUCGCCGACAGCGGAUGCUUCUGGUCGCGAACUUCGGUCAGUAUCGCUUCGUCUAUUCAACGGUCAUCCAUUACAUCAAGAACAGCCGCCUGAUAUGAGAAACCCUCACCCUGCGCCCCGCUGAGCUGGUCAGCGGUCACGCAUCCAGACUUAAAAAAUCGCAGACAGAUUUCAUCCUUAACUUAUUAUAAGAAAAUAUAAUUUUUAUUCGUUUGGCCGUUUUAUAUAUCAAUUUUCACGGAAUAUGCAAUAUCUUUUAGGUUUAUUACAUUAAUAAAGUUUUAUCAUCAAAUCAUAAAUAUAAUGAAUAAAAUACUUAAAUUUUUAAUAUGCGAGAAAAAAAUCUUAUCGUUAUGUAAAUAUCACACAACUUUCCGUAGCUUGAGUCUUUCGUACGUAUUUCCUUCGCUUGUAGAGCUUGAAUGGCAGCGCGACUGUUUAAUUCCUCAAUAAACUGAAUUGAGCACUUGAAA